AGACAGCCUCUCUUGCGUUCAGAGGUGAGUCGCUUCAGCACCUCCUCAGCGCUGUUCACGCGCGUCCUUCAGGAUAUCCGCGCUCUCCGUCUGAAGCAGCGACAGCGCGCAUCACAUCACGAGCGCAUCGGAGCUUUGUGCAGAGCCAAGCAAGUGGCGUUUGAAUUUUAUUUACUUGUCCUCUUCUCCUCGCCUGUCACGCAGGCUACAUUAUGAGAUUAUUAAAAGGAAAAUUCACAUUGCAGAGAUGCUUUUCCACUUCGAUGCCGGUGAGACAAACUUGAGGAAUAUUUGAAGAUGAAGAUGAUGAAUCUGUCCUAAAGACUGAAAUACUUUCAUCCUUACUGAAGUGGCGUAGUUUGUAAAUAGUGAAAAUCCAGUUGCAGGUGAGAUGCCAUAAUCCAUUUGAGACAGAGAGAGACAGUGAGGUAUCAUGGACUCCUGGAUCUUCCCAUCGUCCCCUCCGAACCUGUCGGAGCACCUCAUGUAUGAUAGCUUCAUGCAGGGCAAUGAGUCCGACCUCCAUGGGAACUACACAGACCACAGCUUCAACAGAACCAGCACGGUGGUCAUCACCUGCAUGUACUUUCUGGUUUGCACCGUGGGGCUCUGCGGAAACGCCCUCGUCAUCUACGUCAUCCUGCGCUACGCCAAAAUGAAGACAGUUACCAACAUCUACAUCCUCAACCUGGCAGUGGCUGACGUGCUCUUCAUGCUGGGCCUGCCAUUUAUCGCCAUCCAGUUGGCGCUGGUCCAUUGGCCAUUCGGUCCUGUGCUCUGCAGGGUGGUGAUGACCGUCGACUCCCUAAACCAGUUCACAUCCAUCUUCUGCCUGAUGGUCAUGAGCAUCGACCGCUACCUGGCUGUGGUGCAUCCCAUUAAGUCCACAAAGUGGCGCAAGCCACGCAUGGCCAAGACUAUCAACUUAACAGUGUGGGGGGUGUCGCUGAUGGUUAACCUGCCCAUCGUUAUCUACAGCGGCGUCAUCACAAAGCACGACGGCUGCUUCUGCACCAUCGUGUGGCCUGAGCCUCAGGAGGCCUACUACACAGCGUUCAUGUUCUACACCUUCAUCCUGGGUUUCUUCCUGCCCCUCAUGGUCAUCUGCCUUUGCUACUUGUUCAUCAUCAUUAAGGUGAAGUCCUCAGGCAUCCGUGUGGGCUCCUCCAAGAGGAAGCGCUCAGAGAGGAAGGUGACUCGGAUGGUGUCCAUCGUGGUGGCAGUGUUUGUCUUCUGCUGGCUGCCUUUCUACGUCUUCAACGUCACCUCGGUGACGGGAACCAUCAGCACCACACCCAUCCUGAGGAGCACCUUUGCUUUCGUGGUGGUUCUAGGAUACGCCAACAGCUGCGCCAAUCCCAUCCUGUAUGCCUUCCUGUCGGAGAACUUCAAGAAGAGUUUCCAGAAUGUUCUAUGUCUUAAGAAAGUGGGUGGGCUGGAUGAGGUUGACCGCAGCGAUAGCCGGCAAGAUAAGUCUCGCAUGAUGAAUGACCCCACGGAGACCCAAAGUACUCUGCUGAAUGGAGACCUGCAGACCAGCAUCUGAGAGGAAGGUUAUAGGACUCCCAUACACACACACACACACACACACACACACACACACACACACACUCAUACAGACUGACAUCUCUGUGAAACUAAUAACAGUCAGCUCUUAUCAACAUCUGUACGGUCACAUCAGAGAGGAUGAGGACAUGAUUAAAUAUUAAACAAGGAGUUCACAGAGAAACAUGUCCCUUGUUGAGGAGGACAAAGCACCUACAGAAAUUAUGAAUAACAACAUGUGGAACUGCACUGUUCCUCUAUCUGCCUUUGACACAUUGUUGGGUUUCCCUGGCUGUAAACAAAUCCAUUAUAACAUAAUCAGAAGUUCAUACAGGUGUUUGCUCUGUGCUGUAAAUGAAAAUGAAAUCUGUUUGACUGUUUGUUCUCAGUAUAUUGAUUCUGAGGUAAGGCAGAAGGGACACCAACACACUUACAAAUGGUCCCCUGGGUGACAUGAAUUUUCCCUGGAGACCCAGGAUUAUAUACAUAGUUUACAGCAGAGGGCAUGGGCCAAGUUUCCAUACUCCUGUAUUGUGUAAAAAUAACAGCAUAACAGUGUGCUCAUAUGGUGCAAAACAACAUACUGUUGUUAAAACUGGCAACCUUAUCAUUCCUCUACUUUUCUUCCUGUCUUGUUUGCAGGUUAUUUUCUCUGGAGGGUGGUUUGACUGUAAAUAACUGUACAGAAAAUGGGCAAAGAGACAGAGGGGAGACAGAGAGUCAGAAGAUUUUAUAUUUAGUGUUAUUUAGUUUCAAAACUCUAAAUCUGACUUGUGAAUAAGUAAUGAUUAUUUUCAGACACAGUACGUAAUGGAUGUCAGUGCCAUUGAUUCUUGUGUUUGGUAGUUUACAGUCUGAUUUAAUGUGUGACCAGUUUUACUUGUGAUAGAAAUGUAUCAAAUGUAAAUGUGAAUAACAGUGUUCAGCAGGCAAAUAUUUUGUACUGUGUCACUCGCUGCUUCAUUAUAGCUACAUGCAUAAUUAAUAUUGGCUCAGUCAAUAUACCGAGCCAGCCUCUAACCAAAAUGCUGCUAAGAUGUAUAGAAAUUCACACUAUUAUAAAGUAAUUUCACUGUAUGCCUGUUUCUACUGGACUGAAUUUCUGUUGGGAUCUGUUCUUUGUCACAGCUUAUUUACCAUUAUUUAUGUAUAUCAUGUAAUAAUGUUGCUGUCAUUGUUUGCAGUUGUUACAGUAAUGGCUUUUAUCAAAAAUGCCAGACUGCAUGAUUCUAAAUGAUUCAAUAUGAAUGCUGAGUAGUGGCUCAGCUUCAUCUUUUUAUGUCAUCUGAGAGCAUAAAACCUGCUCAGAUAAUAAUGAUUUAAUAAUAAUGAUUAUUUUACUCUGUUACUCUCCCUAUAUUUGAAUAGAGUUAUAAGAAGCAGAUGGGUUGCUAUCCUGGACGUAGUGCAAUGGGAUUUAAGCUGGAUUUAAAAUAUUUGUGUUUAAACACAUGUUCAGUUUAUUGUUAUUUCACUGUGUUGUACAACAGAAAACACUGUUUGGUAACUGUCUGUUGAAUUUUGAUGUGCUGUUUCCCUGUUUUCUUUGACUUUGCGAAUAUAAGAGGCUUAGCAUGUCCCAUGCUGCCUCCCAUUGCGAGCUACUUGUAAACACUUUGUAUGCUGAGGCUGAACCAUCCUCCUUUUAUAAUCCGUGGCAUUUGGGAGGCCACAUUUCAAGUGUGGUUUCUGUCCCCGGGUGUCUGAGAGAUGUGAAUUUGCGAAGGGCUAGAACACUUAUCCUCAAGAGGCUCUGGUGUUCCUUUAUUAUCAUCACCGCGCUGCUCCAGGAGUCCGCAGUUCAUCCUGCCAUCCUGUGACUCCCUGUCCGUUGCCGUAGUCAGAUUACUAUCUAUAUAAGUUAUUAAACUUUUACCCUACAUGUGCAGGUUCCUUCAUACACACCAAAGCCAGUGACAGAUUAUGAUUAAUGUGAAAAAGAUUCCUGAGUGUGUGUGUGUUGCAAAAAUGUGAGGUAAAAUAUAUGUCACUAUUGAUAUUUAAAUAUAUAUAUUCAAUACAUACAAACCACUCUAAGCAUGUUGUUUUGAGAUAUAUAACUUCUUCAUGUGUUAGUCUUGCAUGAUACACAGAAGCGCGCACACACACACACACACACACACACACACACACACACACAGACACACACAUUGUGAACCGCUAUAUCGAAUAUUGAAUCAAAUAUCCAUAUCCAAUCUCUGUCUCUGCAGUUCUGCUGAAUUUGUUACCUGGACUGUAACGUCUUAUUACUGCUGAAAGACAUGACACACCUCUAGUGUCCUAUAUUUCCAUAGUAACAGUGACCAAGAGUGUUGGCCCCAUGGUUACAUUCAUUAGCAUAAUAGAAAUAGAGAGAUGACUUUGGACAUGAAUUAUGAAUGUAGACAUUGUUCAGAUGCCAGAAAGAAAAAAUAAAUAAAUAAAGGCUGCAUCCACCGAGCUGUGAAACCAAACACCUCAGUUACAUUAAACCUGAUUAAAAUGUAUAGUUUGUGUCAGUGUGCAGUAGCCUACAAAAUGUAAAACCAAACCAAACACCUUGCUUUAGUGUAUCAUAAUAGCAGAUAUUAGAGAACACAAUGGCAUACUGGCCACACUGUUAGUUAAUGCAGACUGGACAUGCAUAGGUUGUACAAUAUCAUCCAGCUGUUGUAGAGUUGUUGUAGUAAUUAUGAUUCUGGCAAAUACUUUUCUUACAAUAAUGAUUGUAGUUUAUUUUUCAUCUUUCUUAAACAGCUCCAUUUCUUAAGACUAUAUUGCAGAUUUUCUACUUGGUAUUUGUUCCAUUUGUGUUUUAGUUUAGCAUGUUUUUUAUGAGUCUUAAUUUAAUUGCUCAAAUGUUAUGUUAAAGGUUUUACUGUUUCCGUAGAAAAUUUGCAUUAUUUAUGUUCUUCCAGUUCCUGUUCUGUUUGGUUACACUGAAAGACCAAGUUUGAUGGAGCAAACUAAGAUUAUGUGUAGUUGUGCUGAAACUAAAUAAAGUAAGAAAUAAGUUACAUAUAGUAUUUUUUCUUUUGGUGCAAUAUUAUGAAAAACUAAUGCUAAAAGAUAUGAAAUAUUUAAAUAAAAAGACAUUUUUUUUAAUGAAUGGUAAAAUACUGUAUGUUUACAUUAUAUUAAAAGUUUGGAUUUCCCAUGACAAUUAUUUCCAAAAUAAUUACAAGUCAUUACAAAUCACACAUGUUGAACAAAUUUAAGCUUGUCACAUGUAGUCUUUUAGGUAAUAUUAAUGUCUGCUGCUAAUUACUGUAGAAACGCACAGCAUGUUAUAACAAACGUGUGAAAACAAUUCUUUUAUGACUCUCAUGUAUACAUUCCUUUUCCUUUCAUUUUCUCAGUCUGGAAUGUGUUUACAUACUGCAUUGCACACAAUCUUAAAUGCAGGUUUGAGUUUUAUUUUUUUCAGACUGUAUCUAAGAUUCUUGAUUUGACCACAAAGCGGCACCAUAAUCAAAUGUGUAACUAGUGCUGCUCCACAGCCAGAAAUCCAUCAGAGUUUUAGUAGACAGGUGAGAGUGCAUGUUUGCAAAUGUGUUUCACUGUAUUCAGUCUAUCAACUAUUGGUUAAUAAAAGGUUAUGUGUCCUUUA